AUGUAUAACAGACAUUACGAGCCGAACGGGGGAAGGGAACAGCCUAAUUUUGUGAAGAAAGAAAGCCCUUGGAUACCAUCUGUUGAUGUUAAUGAACACGAGCAACAAUUCAAUUUUGCCUUAAAUCUUUUAAAUAUCAACCAACAAAACAACCACUCAAAACAGGCCGUUGAACCAUUACCGCAGCUGACUCCUCCAAGCGAUAUCCCAGUGAGCAGUCGCAGCAGUACUGAAGAUUCCCCUCUUCCAGAUCCUUCAAUCCUUAAAAGACCAUUAUCUAAACCAUCCCCAAUGGCAAGAAAAAGCUUUCAGAAUUUCUAUUUGGACCCUGAAGACUUCCAGAAUCUGUUGUUGGUCAACCCACCUCUGCUAGACUAUCCGUACGAAUACGCCCCACCACCGGGAAACCCAUAUGCCAACCCUGCCCAUCCUCAGGAGCCAGCACCUUCGCACUUUACCGAUGGUCAGAAUCCGGUUUCUGCAGAGUUCGAGUCUGUCCAGACAGCCAGACAGGACAGGCUCUACGGAGAGCCAGAGGAGCUGCCGCAUCCGCUUCCGCGCAGAAGAGUGUCGAUUUCGAACGGUCAGAUAGGUCAAAUUAGUAUGAUGUUCCACAAAAGCGACGUGAAAAAGGAAAGUUCGGUGGACGAGCCCGACAUCCAAGUCAACGAGAACGGAGUGCCCCAACAACCGCUUCUGUACAACAACGAGGUGAUUUUUAAUCCAAACGCAGGCCCUAUCCACGGAACAACAGCAUGGAAAAAACAGAGGAUUUUGGAGCGCAACAGAAUCGCCGCGUCCAAAUGUCGGCAGAAGAAGAAAGUUCGUCAGGAAAAGCUGCAACACGAUAUCGACUUGCUCACCAGCAAGAACACCGCGUUGCAGAAAUUGAACAAGCACCUGGAAAGUUUGCUGGUCGAGUUGAAACAGGAGCUACACGGUUGCAUGGUCCCCGACACGGUCACGCGGCUGCUGAACCGACCCUCCUUCUACGACGGUCUUGAACUGUCUGACCCAGUCCUCGACGACGAGGAGAAGGAGGAAUUGUAA